AACAAAUUGAUCAAACAUCGAAAUUUACAUUUUGCAUUUCAAUAACAUGCUUUGUUAUUGUUGAGCACAAUAUUUUUUAUACGCUUCAUCGAGCGCAGAUCGCCAUGUUUUGCUGCUGCUUCUAAAUUAAACGCGUUCUUUGGUUGUGUAUUUAUUGAGAAUACACUUAAGCGUUAGUAUGCAAAUCGUAUCAGAAGAAGGAUCGUUCAAGAGCGCAGAUGGAAAGAAAAUUUUUACCAAAUAUUGGAAACCAAGCGAUAAGAAACCCAGGUAAGCAUUAUCAGUAGUUUAUUUCUUGAAGUUCAAAUCACGCUCUUCCAAAAUGACUGCUAACACAGUUGAAUUAGGGCAAAAAAGACCUUUACAAUUCUUUUUUUCGCCAAAAGAAGUGUAUUAUGCUUUGCUGCAGUCAAAAGUGCAUCGACCUGGCUAAAUGAUUAAUCAAGUUAUUUUUAUUAUAAGCAUUAUAAUAGAAAGGUUUAUGCUAAUUCAGAGUCAGAGCGAGGGAAUGAAAUCAAACGAGCAAAGUAAAGUCAACUUGAAAAAAGUCAUUUAAACGAGUGAAAAUUAAAUUCCAAGCACGCACGAGAUGUCCAAUGUUGACUCGCCAAUUCGCACAAACUCGCAACUGAUAGGCAAGCUCAAUUUUUCCUUAUCUCGCCUUAACUCGCAUCAGCUCGAACAAUCUCGCGGCGAGUUAAGAUUCGAGAGUAGGCCUGUUGACUUUGUGUGGUUUCCAUAUGAUCUGAGGAUCGGUACAAUCGCUGACAAAAAUUCAGCGAACUGAAUGAUAGUAGCUAUCUAUUAUUACAAUAGCGAAAUCAGUUAGUCGGUAAGCUUCGGUAGGUGGUGAGCAAAAAUAUGGCCAUCCGAAGAAUACAAAAAUUGAAGAAAUAAACUAAACCUUCGUAUUAAAAGAAAUUAAUUGUAAUACAUCAUGCAGUUAAUUAAUCAUUUGCGGUGCUCGGAAGGACUCUAAAUGAUUUACAGGUAUAGCACAAAAUUGAAAGUCUCUUGAUCAUUGAUAAAACAAAUAACAAUAGAUUUUCGUGGUUAUUUCCUCGAUAGAGCAUUGGUCUUUAUCUGCCAUGGAUAUGGAGAGCAUUGUUCACGCUACGAGAGGCUUGGAAAUGCUUUAGCUGAACAAGGCUACCUCGCCUUCAGUCAAGAUCACGGUAUGUCCCACCCCGGCCUUGUUCAAUCUCUUCCGUGGUACAGUAACUGCAUCUAAUCAUACUUUCUCGGGAAGAGUCGGGGGGGGGGGAGGGAGGUGGAAGUGGUAAUCUAAAACUUAAAAUACGUGUAUUGCAGAACCUUGUGAGCUCGGGGAGGUGGCCCGUAAAAUGUUAGGGAUGGGAGGCAGGGAUAAAGAUAGAGUAGAAAACUGGCCCAUUAUUUUUGGAAUUCAAUUUAUGAUGUUAUGGGCACCUGGCGAAUACAAAGAAAGACAGGAAAUAGUGUGAUAUAACCCUUCAAGAGCUGAUUUUUGACAAUAAAUCUUUCUAUUAGUUGGUCAUGGUCAGAGUGAAGGAGAAAGAGUCCAAAUAUCAGAUUUUUCCUUUUACGUCAGAGAUGUUUUUAAACACAUUGACCAAGUCACAGGAGACAACACAGGCAUACCAAUAUUUAUGUUUGGCCACUCAAUGGUAUGUAAUGUUAUAAAAACGUUAUUGGAACUCUGCCCCUUUUUUUCGUUUUUGUUUGUUUGUUUGUUUUUUGUUUUGUAUUUGUUUUUAGGUUCUCGGGUCCCCUAACCGAGUCGAUCACAGGAGUACAAGUAUAUGUUAAUUACGAUAAAGACCCCAAGCCCAUCAUGCUUUGCGGUUGUUUCGUAAUGUUGCGCUCUUGCCGGUUUGUUUUGGUAACAUAGAUAGCCUGUGAAUUUCAGGUUUUCUUAUUUUUAAUUCUUUUCAAGUCUGGCUUCAAUGCAGUCAAAUCACAUAUUACAAAAACACAAAUACAGUCGAACCUCCAUAUGCGACCACCUCUCGUAAAAGAUCUUCAUCCUUAAGCGACCGCGUUAGAGACAUUUCUCAUCGUUUUUAACCUCCUAAAAAGCGACCCCUUAACGAUUUGUCUGAACUCUUACGUUCGCUGUAUGCUACUAGGAGUAUACGAAGAACUUAAGUCACAACAUGUAACUGAGAAAGAGAUCGGUGCACUAAAUUAUCUACCAUAUAGUAUAUGUGCCCGGAAAUCUACUCCAAGAAAGUGUCGUAAGCGACCACUUUCUGUAAAUGACCCCAAAGUCUUAGCCUAUACAGUGGUUUGACUGCACCCUGAAAAUUUCAUGUUAUGAUAUUACUAAUAUUAUGCAUUAUUCUUUUUAGGGUGGUACAAUAGCUGUUCUCAGUGUUAUGGAAAGACCUUAUUUCUUUGCUGGUGCGAUUUUUAGUGCACCAAGCAUAAAAGUGGAAGCCAAUCCUUGCACGGUAAUUUAUUGUUCCACUUGCUACAAAUGGUAAACGAAAACACCAUGCAAAGACUGUUUCUCUUUUCUUAGGGUACCGUCAAUGCAAAAACAGGAUGCAACAAACCCAAAACAGAAAAAUACUACGUACCUAAGAAAACAGAAAUAAACACCCCAAAGCGGAAACACAUACAAAACAAAAAUACAAAAUUGAACCACAAAACUGAAAGAGAAUUUAAAAAUACAAACCAUGAUCAAAAACCCCAAAACAGAAACAAGGAAAUAAUGUAAAACAAUAGUUUCUCGUGAUUCAUCGUCUUUUAAUUAUCUUAACCCGCGAUCAGGCGUUUUUUUUUUUUUUUUUUUUUUUUUUUUUAGGGAGGGCAAGAUCACAGGCUAUAAUAGACCAUUCCGAGUUCCAAAAACCCUCACUUUAAAAAUGAGGCUGAAAGUUAGGUAAAACGGGCAACAAAUUGCUGCAGAACGAGUCCGAAAGUGAUGUUGCGCGUUUUAUUACCCACAAAUCAAACCUGUCUUGUAGCAAAUAAGAUUCAGUGUUGCAAGUUGCGGGAAUACUGACUCCUGAUUGGAUAAAAUUACGCGGGAGUCACGCCAUACACAGGAGUUACAAAGUCCUAGUGGCGGAGGGAAGGGAAUAUGAUGAUUAUUUUAAUAGGAGAUUAUUUUAUCACGAGUCAAGUUUUAAACCUUGUCUUCUAGGGGAAGGUGCGAAAUUAAUACAGUAGUGAUUGUUCCAUAUAUAAAAACGCAAAAAAAAACAAAACGAACUUGGCCAAUAUUCAGCUAUCUGGACCUCACGCUUGGUUAAAAGAGACCUUUAGAUUCGAGGACGAGACCUACUAGGAGUACGACUUUCGCUAUUCUUAAAAAGAAAAAUAGACACCCGGAAAGCUCCUUUGUACUUUUGAUUCACCAGAAGAGUUAGCACUGUUACUUAUUCAAGGAGAUUAAGCCCUCUCCCAGCCGAAAAUAAUAAAACUUAGCUUCUAACAUUUGAUAACUUGUUUUCGUCACAACGACAUUCUCGGCAAAACUCGUCGAAGAAUGACGACGGCUAUCACGUUUUCCCGCCAAAAUGACGCUGGUCAAUGCUCGCGCACUGCUUAGCAUUAAGAAAAUCUCGUACUCGUAGUCUUCCUCGUCUUAAAAACUAAAGGUCUCAAAUAACAUAUAUAACGCAUGUAUCUUACAGGUUUGUCUAGGAAGAAUAGUAUCAUGGAUAAUGCCCUCGUACCAGAUCAGGCCACCGAUAGAUCCAUCACUCUUAAGCCAGGAUUCUACACAGGUGAUGCAAAACUACAGGGAAACUCAGCCAAAGAGUUCUGGGAUUGGUACUAAGGACAGAGAAAAAGAUUGGCCAAUAGCUGACCGGCGUGACCCCAGUAACAAUCCAAGAAACAAUCGCGGGUCAAAUUUCUUCUCUAAUAAAAUUCCCUUCUCGUUUCUAAAAAGGCGAAUAACACAAUUGAAAACUGCUCUCUUUUCGGGAGUCAAAGGAGAGGGACUUUCGUAUGCAUUUUAUCCGCGUUUCCAAAAAAAGUUUCCACGACUUUCGAACAAUGCCGAAAAUAUUCAGGUGAUUUCUGGAGGUUGCCGAAUGCCGCAGUGUCCAGUCCCUCAAGCCGAUCGUGACACUCGACAUUUCGUACCACUGACUGGAAUAUUUUGGGUGGAGAUUGAAUAAAAGUUUUUCAGUUUAAUGGUUUAUGACAAGUCGUUCGGAAUUUGAGUCAGGAAUUGACGUUUUCCAUCUUUCAUGAUUGUGCAAUGAACUAGUAACGUUAAGUGGACAGCGGGUUUGUCGAGGGUUAUUCUGUCCUGUUCAAUUGAUCAACCCUAAGAUUAUACCCCCGGUGGGGUAGGGCGGGGAGCUACUCAACAACGUUUUAUAUGGUAAGGCACCACCCCCUGACCUAACUCCUUACACAUUUAUCGUUGAAGGAGCUCGUCGUGUUUUUUAGGGUUGGAGCCUCCCCAUAAAAAAUUCAAUGUCACUCAGUUAUUUGCACAAUCCAUUUAGUAACCAAAGGUCUUACAACAAGUCGAAUUUCCUUGAGUACCAGGCGUCCCUCGCUUUCUACUCUCUCGCGCUUGACUUGUGGCAAGUCUAGGACUUCAAUAACACAAUGCACCUUGUUUAUUACUAUUGUUUUAGGUUGAAAAGUAUGCCAAUGAUAGCCUAAACUGGCAUGAGGGAAUGAAAGUUAGAUGGGCGGGAGCUAUAUUAGAUGCAAUGAAUGAAAUCCAGGGGAACUUGUCAAGGCUUACAACAUCUUAUCUACUUGUCCAUGGUGAUGGAGAUCAAUUAGUGAAGAUUGACGGUUCACGUUACUUACAUGAGAAUUCCCCAAGUAACGACAAGACAUUUAAGGUACACGAAUGAGCUGCUUUACUGACAGCACUGAGCGAACUAAUAGCCUCUCUAUGGGUAUUUCCGACGAAUAGUUAGGGCGCUUGACGGUAUAUCAUGAUGGCAGGAAGAUGCGGUCUUAAAACGGCGUUUUUUCAUGUGGUGAUAUUGUCCUGCCCGGGGUACGAGUUUCGGCCGCUUUGUUCCAAGCGUAAUUAUUGUGAACUUAUCCCAACAAAAGUCGUGAUUUGUCUAAACCCUUUUAACCCCAAGAGUGACCAAUAUCUAUUUUCUCGUAACAAUGUCACCACAUUUUCAAGGAAAAAGGUUAUGAGAAUGUAUAAAAUAAUCACCAAAGAGGACAUUCUCGUCCCCAAACGGGUGUCUAAAGAAUAAUACAGAGUUUUCCCUCUUCGUCCAAUUUUCCGUCCCGUUGUCAUUUUUAAAUCUACCUAUUAUUAUUUCAUUAUAAACUCAACUGCGUGUAAAACUUGCUUUGCAGGUGUACAAAAAUGGACGCCAUGAACUUUUGAAUGAGGUGGAAGAAACUGCGAGCGUGGUUUACAAGGACAUUCUUGACUGGAUUCAGCAAAAGCUACCUUGAACUGUUUUAGGGCCACGUGCACACGAAUCCAGACUAAUUUUUGAAACUGCAUAUUUUUUCACCCGCAUUCGUGUAGACGAGGCCUUAAACCACUCUGGAGAGCGGUUUCAAAAAGAUAUCGGGCUGACUUAGCAAUAGAACGGAAACGUCAGUUGACGACGACGCGCACAAAUCAAACAACUGGCUUGGCCAAUCACAGAGCAGCAAAUUGAGCAAUGGAAGUCGCGUUUAGUCCUUUCCGCGCGCUUUCCCGUUGUCAACUGAUGUUCUCGUUCUGUUGCUAAAUCAGCCUAAUGUUUGGGUGAGAGGAUUCACCGGUUUCGUGCGUGGACGGAAUACCAGACGGAAGGCCGAUUCAUGUGAAAAAUAUAUCUAAAUGCGCUUUUAAAAAUAUCCGGAUUUGCAUGGACGAGGCUUUUCACGAUAGUGUCAAUCCACAAAUAUGACCAGAAUCAUUUCGUUUUUUUUUUUUAAAUUUCUUUCAUAUUUAAUUCAGUAAAUUCAGGAACCUUAAUUUGCAUCAGAAAGCCAAAUUCUGUGGGAUUCUAAAAAAGGCCAUUUCCAAGAUGACGUCAUUUUAACAUACCAGAUUCCUUCAGGGUUUUGCUUUCUUGCCCAAGUUAGGGCUUUUGUUAUUUCAAUCUCAGUGGGAUUACCAAAUUUAAAUAUAAAAGAAAAAAUGAAAUGAAUUCCUUUAGUAGCAAAAACAUGUCAUCACGUUAAUAGCCAAUUACGCCCCGUGGCCCCAGUAGCCUUGCAGCAGUUCAGAAUAGACCCCUAUGUGUCGCAGUUCUUUUGUUUUCGGGCUAGGUUCCAAACUUUGUUUGUUCAUAUUUUUCCCCGCCAAUAACGUGAGGUCUUCCAAAAACUGCAAGGUCGCCCCUUAUAUGAAGAAAAGUCGCCCCGAGUAGAAGAGUCACUUGCCUACCCCAGCUACCCUGGGCGAGCCAAAAUUUCUUACAUUUCCUUACCGAAACUUGGC